CAUUGGGCGGGGCUUUGUUUCACAAGAAUGGUAGCUAUCGGCGGGUAAACGUUUCACUACACGUUUUGAAAUGUAAUUUCCCACGGACACAUGUCAGUUUUUUGAUUUCCAUGUCACAGAUGGUGACCAGGGAUUAAAAAAGGAAUGCGCUUGAGUGAACUAGGAGUGAUGACCACACGAGGCAUUGUCCAACGAGAGUAAGUGAGAGGUGUGCUGUUAUACUGGCCUUCUGGAUGACAAAAGUAUUUAUUAUUUACAGUAGUGAAGACAGAGUACCUAAGACCACACACACACACACACUUAGAGGACCAGUAUGGCCGAGCAGCAGGAGGAGGCAGAAGGUGUGUACGUGGAACACCAGUACAUGUGCAGCGAGUGCCAUCAGCUCUUCAACACCCUUGAGGAUGUACUGAUCCACCAGCAGAUCCACACUGGCCAAGAGGGAGAAGGAGAAGGGGAGAUAGGGGAGGCCAUGACCGUCCAUGAUAUCCCAGAAAUGGGACACACCCAGCAGUACCAGUGUCUGGAGUGUGGGACCCUUCUUGUGAAUCCGGAGGAACUGCUGCAGCACCAGGAGAUGCACAUGAGAGAAGUCGGGAUGGAGGUUGAGCAGCAAGAGCUGUGUGAGGUUUUGGAGACAGAGGAGGCAGGGUCAGAGGCCCAGGUGUCAGGACCUGUCCAUUACCAGUGUCUUGACUGUCUGGCUCUGUUUGACUCACCCGAGACCUGGCUGGAGCACCGGCGGACCCACAGCAGGAGCAGCACACACAGCAACACAGAGACGGUGGAGUACGUGCUGCAGCCUGAUGGCACCAUCACUCCAAUGAACAAUGUACAGAACUACGUGCUAAGUGAGCAGCAGGCUGGAGAGAUCUUGGCACAGGUACUUGCCCAACAUCAACAACAGAAGAAACGUCAGUCUGUUUCCAGACUCGCUGCACCCUCCCGUUCCUCCCUGCUGCCUCCGGUGACACCAACCCCCGGCUCUGCCACCGUGCAGCUGCAGAUUCUCACGGCUCAAGCCCUGGCGGACAAGUCCAGCGCUCUUAGUCAGCGUCGCCCCAAGCUGCCCCCCUUGCUGCCUGCUGUGGGCCAAGCCUCUUCAGCAAAAAUGGGGGUUCUGGAGAAUGGUGUCAAGAGACUGGAGUUAAGAUUGGCCCCCAGUGUCCAGGUUGAAACCCAGCAUCAGCAGCAGCAACCAGCAGAGGUGGUGGUCAUCCACCCUUAUGAGUGCUCAGAAUGCUCCCUUCUCUUCCAGACCCCAGAGGACUUCCUCCAGCACCAAGGAGAGCACUUCCUGGGUCAGGACAAAGAGAGUGGAGAGCCAGGUGUCAUGAGUGGCUUCGAGGAGGUGCGAGGGAGGGAUGAAACUACAGAGAAGGUUGAAAACAUUCGGAUAAGAAUGGCAGAGAAGAAGGUAGCAUUCUGUGCCAAACCUCAACAGUGUGAGCUCUGCAACCGCACCUUCACCUCCGUCAACCGGCUGGCUGCUCACAAACGUGUGCAUGAGCAGGGCACGCAUGAAUGCCCGGAGUGUGGCAAGAUUUUCAAGAAGGCAUCGUCACUGCAGACACACAUGCGCACACACUCAGGUGUGGCCAGGUACCUGUGUGUGGACUGUGGCAAUGGCUUCACCACUGAGAUGACUCUUAUCAUGCACAGGAAGUCCCACACUGCAGAUCCCCUUCACAAAUGUCACUUCUGCAACAAAACCUUCACCAACAUGACCAAGUACCUCUACCACCGUAGAACCCACCUCAGCCGUGAUUCAUCUGGCGCACCCGUCCCUGCCUCCGUGGUCUCAGCUCCAAGAAGAGCAUCUUUCUCCACUCUUGCCAUCCUACAGCGAGCAAGAGAGAAGAGGUAUUCCCACAUUGAUGAGGCACAAAGCAAACUGCUGGCCCCCCUCACAGAGGAUGAGAUGGAAAAAAUGGGAGAAGAUACAGUACCAAGUUCUCAGAGCGAAAUGGAAGGAGGGGAAAUUAUGGAGCAGGAGGACAACAACAUGGAGGUGUCUGCCACACUUGAAGGCAACACUGAUGACUCCAAAAGGGUGGAGGAUGCCACAAACUCUAGCUUAGCUACAAACCCUGCUCACCUGGAUGACACUGGUGUCAUGCCUGGCUCUGCUGAUGCAGCAGAAGCUGCUUCAGCUGCACCGUCAGACAAAGGAUCUUUUUCUUGUCAUUCAUGCCCUAAGACCUUCCCUACUCAGCUGCAGCUUGUUCACCAUCGGCGCAAGUCACACGAGCGCAACUUUAUGUGUGGCAUCUGUGGCAAGUCUUUUAAGAAGCAUAUCCAUGUGCGCAACCACAUCCGCACUCAUACUGGUGAGCGUCCCUUCCAGUGUUCUGACUGUGGCAAAACAUUCUCAUCUUUGGCCAAUCUGAUGAGACACAAUCUAAUCCACUCUGGCGUGCGACCGUACCGCUGUGAUGUCUGCCAUCGUUCCUUCUCGCAGUCCUCCAACCUCCGUCAGCACAGCCUGCUGCACUCUAAUGCUGCAGUACUGUGCUGCCCAGACUGUCCCGCCACCUUUCGCUGGCCCACCAAGUUAGCAGCGCAUCGCUACACCCAACAUCCAGGGGCUCCAGCCCCGUUCCCAUGUCCUCACUGUGAGGCUGGCUUCCUGACCAGGAGGCAACGAGACAACCACUGUCUGGAACAGCACCCCAACCUGGUGCACACUGGUACAGGGACAGAAGUCAGAAAAGAGACGGACAACCAAGCCGAGGUGGGAAAAGAUCUCACUUCAGAGCCCUCCACCUCAACCACAGUAGAGACAGAAUCAGGGGAUUCAGCCACUCUCAUGCGGGGGGGUCUAGAUUGCAACAUCUGUGGGAAGAAGCUCAAUUCUCCUGCUAAUCUGCGACUUCAUAGACUGAGCCACUUUGCCUUAGGCCCUGGGCGGCCACGGUGCACCUCGGGAAAGCGUCCCAAGGCCCACCAGUGUCCUGUCUGUGGUAAACUGUUUGUGUCUUCCUCUGGAGUUGCACUUCACCAGCGAGUCCACACCGGUGAGCGCCCCUUUCCUUGCCAAGUGUGCGGCAAGCGCUUCCGUCAGAACACGCACCUCCGAGAGCACCUGCGCACACACUCGGGUGAGCGGCCAUUUCGCUGUGAAGUGUGUGGAAAGGGUUUCAUCCAGAGUAUGCACCUGGCUGAACACCGCCGAACACACACAGGCGAACGGCCUCAUGUGUGUCCACAGUGUGGCAAAGCCUUCAAGACCUUCUCCAACUUGAGGAACCACAAAAAGACCCAUGCCAGGCAGCAGAGGCUAGAUGACCAGGCCACUGCCCAAGCUGCAGUGGAGAGCAGCUCUGCUGUGGCGGUGGUGGACGCUUCAACAGUGGAACUAGCUAAUGGGCAGCCUCAACUCAUCCAGAUCCAAACUUCAGAUCUGCAGCAGGCACAGGGAACUCCUACGAUCAUGUGUAACGAGUUCGGGGAGACCAUAGCCAUCAUUGCGACCAAUGAGGGGGAAGAGUUGCCUCUCGAGCAGGCCUUAGAGAUCUAUCACACAGCUCUGGAGAACAGCCUCGCAGUGGACGGACUGCAGCUCCUCUGACGACUACUUCAAGUCAACAAAAAAAGAGAAUUUACUCGGCUGUCGCCAAAUUGUUGAGUUCAGUAUUGAUCUUAAUUUUGUCAUUUGUAUGAAAUGGACGCAAUUUUUUUUUAAAAGGUUUGUUUGUGCUAUUGAAGAAAGUAUUCAGUUGUAAAUAAGUGAAAUCAAUAAAUGGUUUUUCAAUAUGAUAAA